AUGAGCUACCAGCUGCAUUUGGCGCUGCCGGACGAAGCCCGCUCGCUGCCGCCCCCGCCGCUUCUCAACUUCGGCUCCCUCUGGAUGGGCUUCAUUGGCUGGGCGUCCGCCUUGACCCACAACGGCAUACUGCGCAGGCCCAUCCUGGCCACGGGCAUCCACCGACAGCUCCUUUAUGCUUCCGUGGGAUUUUACGUUGGCCAUUAUUUGAAAAGGCGAGCCGCUUAUUACCAUGUGAAAAGGGACCGAGACAUGUUCGAGUACAUCGAGCGGCAUCCCGAGGAUUUUAAGGACAAGGAAAAGAAAACCAUGUCCGAAGUUCUGGAGAACUUCUACCCCAUUCGCUGAAGUUUUGGCAAAUGGCUACAG